UUAGCGUUGGUUGGGAAGUUCCCGUUUCCUUGACGGCGAGAAGAGGAGGCAGAAGGGGAAGGAGGAGAGGGAGCGGAGCAUGGCGGCCUCGGUGUCAGAAAAAAGCAAUAAGAAGAAAACAGAGAAGAAACUCGCUGCUCGAGAAGAAGCCAAAUUGUUGGCCAGCUUCAUGGGAGUCAUGAAUAGCAUGAGGAAGCAAAAAACACUGUGUGACGUUAUAUUGAUGGUCCAGGAAAGGAAGAUUCCAGCUCAUCGUGUUGUACUUGCUUCAGCUAGUCAUUUUUUUAACUUGAUGUUUACCACAAAUAUGAUUGAAUCAAAGUCAUUUGAAGUUGAAUUAAAAGAUGCCGAGCCAGAUAUUAUUGAACAGCUGGUGGAAUUUGCUUAUACUGCAAGAAUUUCUGUGAACAGCAACAAUGUCCAAUCGUUGUUGGAUGCAGCAAAUCAAUAUCAAAUUGAGCCUGUGAAAAAAAUGUGUGUAGAUUUUUUAAAAGAGCAAGUUGAUGCUUCAAAUUGCCUUGGUAUAAGUGUAUUAGCAGAAUGUCUUGACUGCCCAGAACUGAAGGCCACUGCAGAUGACUUUAUUCAUCAGCACUUCACAGAGGUGUAUAAGACAGAUGAGUUUCUACAGCUAGAUGUAAAACGUGUGACACAUCUCCUCAACCAAGAUACACUGACUGUAAGAGCAGAAGAUCAGGUUUAUGAUGCUGCUGUCCGAUGGCUAAAGUAUGAUGAGCCAAACCGUCAACCCUACAUGGUUGACAUCCUUGCUAAAGUCAGGUUUCCUUUAAUUUCAAAGAAUUUCCUUAGUAAAACUGUACAGGCAGAGCCACUUAUACAGGAUAACCCAGAGUGUCUCAAAAUGGUUAUAAGUGGAAUGAGAUAUCAUCUACUUUCUCCAGAAGACAGAGAAGAAUUGGUGGAUGGUACCCGUCCAAGAAGGAAAAAGCAUGAUUACCGCAUUGCCUUGUUUGGGGGAUCCCAGCCACAGUCAUGUCGAUAUUUUAAUCCAAAGGAUUACAGCUGGACAGACAUCCGAUGUCCCUUUGAAAAGCGGAGGGAUGCAGCUUGUGUUUUCUGGGACAAUGUAGUCUAUAUUUUGGGUGGUUCCCAGCUCUUCCCUAUAAAACGAAUGGACUGCUACAACGUUGUCAAAGACAGCUGGUACUCCAAAUUGGGUCCUCCGACCCCUCGCGAUAGCCUUGCAGCCUGUGCAGCAGAGGGUAAAAUUUACACAUCUGGUGGUUCAGAAGUAGGAAAUUCUGCUUUAUAUUUAUUUGAAUGCUAUGAUACAAGAACAGAAAGUUGGCACACAAAGCCCAGUAUGCUGACUCAGCGGUGUAGUCAUGGGAUGGUAGAAGCAAAUGGCCUGAUUUAUGUAUGCGGAGGAAGUUUGGGGAACAAUGUUUCUGGAAGAGUCUUGAACUCCUGUGAAGUUUAUGACCCAGCAACAGAAACGUGGACUGAGCUGUGUCCAAUGCUUGAAGCCCGAAAGAACCAUGGGUUGGUGUUUGUGAAAGAUAAAAUAUUUGCUGUGGGGGGGCAAAAUGGCUUAGGUGGCUUAGACAAUGUGGAAUACUAUGACAUUAAGAUGAAUGAAUGGAAGAUGGUUUCUCCAAUGCCAUGGAAAGGUGUAACAGUAAAAUGUGCUGCUGUGGGUUCCAUAGUUUAUGUUCUGGCUGGAUUUCAGGGUGUAGGUCGCUUGGGGCACAUCCUUGAAUAUAACACUGAAACUGACAAAUGGAUAGCCAACCCUAAAGUUCGUGCUUUCCCGGUGACCAGCUGUUUAAUCUGUGUAGUUGAUACUUGUGGAGCAAAUGAGGAGACAUUAGAAACUUGAAGACUUUAGGAUUAUCACAAAGUACUGUUGAAAGAAAGAAAUUGCUACUUGUAAUGUUCUACAUUUUAGUUUUGUCUCGUCAGUCCGUACUAUGGAAACAUUGGAAUGCAAUUCUCCAUUUUUAUUUCAGCUGUUUGCAUAAUGUGGGUUUGCUCAUUCAAGUGCUGUUAUUCAAUUACCCUUCUAUGCACUGGAACUAUUUCAAGUGUCUCCAAACCAAGAUUGAAGACAAAUGAAAAUGUCUGAAGAUACACAAAUGCAAUUUUCCAAAAACAAACCUGUCUAAUGCACAUUGCAAAUUAUUUCAAGAAUAACUUCCUGAAUAAUCUUCAUUUUUCAUUUAAAACUCUGAAAUUCUUCAGGUAGGAAAGGUCCUGAAACAAACUAUUAAUGGUUAUUAAUGCUGCAUGUUUGCUUGAACCAGUGUUCUGGAAAGAUACCUUCUGGAUUACUUCCAUGCCACCUCAUCACAGAACUCAAGUUCUGUAGUUUUGUGUCCCAAUGUUGAAAUAGUUAAAUUAAUUCCAAUUCUAUUAAUCUUCUCUCUAUACUUAGCUGACUCCAGUAACAGAGGAUAUCUGUACAUGAGCAUUCUCUCUUUUUUAAUGCUUGUAUCAUAUAACUAAAAUGGUGUCUAGCAAUAGGCAAAUAAUUUCCUGGACAGACAUUCUUAAUUCCAUCUGUACAGUACUUUAUUCUUUCUAGUACAGUUCUAGUAUAUCCUUUCAACCACACACAUAGGACCUGGUGCUUUUGCUAAGUGCAUCUACUUUCUGAAAUAUUACAAGCAUAAACAAGACUAUGCAGUAAAUUUCUUUUUCUAUUUGCAAGGGGGUAUUGGAGAACUUAAGAAUGAAAACAAGCUUGUCCUUUAGAUGCAUACUAGAAUUUUGGCACAUAUGGGAAAGGUAUGCGUGUGGACAAGGAUACUUCAAUGGAAAAAGUUAGACAUGUCUUUGGCAAUUUCCGUUCUUCAAGUUUUGUCCUGAACUGCAAUCCAUUUUAUUUUGUAUUUUGUAUUUUAAUUGAAAUCUAUGCUAUUUAAAUCUGCAUAGCUCUGAUCUGAUUUCCUUUCCUUGACUGACAUAAAAAUUCAUACUCGUUUCUUACAUGUCAAAUAUAAUAUUGCAGUGGACGUUUCAAAACUAUAAUGUAUGUGUACUUUAAAAGUAUUUAUAAACUUGCAUGUGAGAAAGUGAACGAUAGCACUUAUGUAUAAAACAUUUUGGGGUAUAAACAUACAUUGUUUUGUCUAAUUUUUCUCUACAUAUUUUAAUCCUUUGCAGUCUUGAGAGAGGGAGAUACUAAUUUCUUCUAGGUUGAAACAUUCUGUAUUGAUUAAGGUAUACUUUUGUGUAACUUUUAGUAUUGGCUUUUUGUCAUGAAAACCUGGACUUAGUAUUUUAAACAGCUCUAUGUAUGCUUGCAAAGAGGGAUACAAAUUUAACUUCUUAAGGACUCUUUUAUGUUGGGUUUUAAAACAAAUUCUGAAGCACACUGACAUGCAUUUUUUUCUUGAAUUAACAGAUUAGUGAAGAAUAAAAUAGAAUAUCAAUAAUAGAUUUAAUUCUUACCUAUUAAAGCAAUGAAAAUGCAAUAAGGAACUUACCCAACUCAUUAACAAAUAGGGUUCCUUUAUUGUGUAUCUUCAAACAAGGACAGUUUCAUAAAAACAGUAUAAAUUAAUACAACUUGUAUUGUUUUCCAUAGGUUUAUACUUCUCCAUGUUAUUUAUCUAGGCAGAAUGUGACAAAUCUAUUUCACUGUGAGGUCUUAGUAUAUGAACAUUAGGUGCAAAAAGUUUUGAUUGUUUUUGUGUACUGGUGGGUAUCUAUUGAAAAAUCUUGUAUACUGAAUAAUUUUGUUAUGUAUCAAAAUUUUGGAAGUGAAGCAAAUACCUCAAUGAGGCUUUGUGGG